AUGUACAUCCUCUGUGCCUUACAGCUUCGUACUCGUCGUCAUACUUGCGGAUGUGCAACACAGCAACCACAAUGUGUUUGUAUAGCUGUCGUCGAACUCAGUACUCAACAGAACUGCCAAUGUGCUCAGCCACAAGCAGCGCCAAGUUGUCAGUGUUAUCCUCAACAGCAAAUCAACCAAUGUCCACCAGUAUGCCAAUCAACAUGCGUUGAUUCAUGUGUGCAGCAACAGCAACCAUUAGUUCAAUGCCAGCAGGCUUGCAGUAAUACCUGUCAGACGGCUUGCAACCAACCAGUGCAACUACAACCUCUACAACAGCAACAACAAUGUAUUCAACAGUGCAACGUCGCCUGUCAGCAGCAGCAAAACCAGCCAGCUUGCCUACAAACCUGCCAGACAAGCUGUCUACCAAACGAGUACGGUCAGCAGAUUUACAACACUCCUGGCUACUUGCCGAGCAGUACCCUGCCACCAAUUACAUACCCCGCAACAGUGGUGACGCCACCACCGUAUCUACCGUAUCGUGAAGGACAGAAUGAGUGUCAACAAUGCAUGAAUGCUUGCAUGAAUGAAUGUUCAACUGCCGGACAACCACCACAAUCGUGUCAGCCACAAUGCGAACAGAACUGUCGACCACUUUGUCAGCAACAGCCAAUACAGCAACCACAACCGUAUCAACCUUAUCGUCCAUAUAGUCCGGUACAACAGUCGGUACAAUGUCCUCCAGGUUGUCAACCAGCUUGCUUGCCAACAUGUGUUCCACAAGUGCAGAAUCAACAGUACCAGCAGCAACAAUACCUGCAACAACAGUACCAACAGCUGCAAUACCAACAGCAGCAGUACCAGCAGCAGUACCAGCAGCAGCUUCAACAGCCAACUCGAAAUAAAGUGAUACUAACUAUUAAUGUGCCGAUCUCAUCGUCAUCUGCUCAAUGUCAACCACAAUGCGAACAAAUCUGCAACACGCAGUGCGUACAACAGAAUCAGGUGCCGUGGAUUAUCAUCAACGGUGUUCGAGACAGACAAGUUGAACACAAUCUGCAACGAGUGCUAUGCAUACGAUAUUUGAAACCACGUCCCGACACUUGUGCUCACUAUGAACCUGAUCUCACGGAGAAGUCACGUGAGAUACUCUGA